AUGGCGGCGACGUCAGUGAAGAUAGUUGAAGGGGAAGCUGAUUUCCCAGUUCCAUCGGCGGGCAAACCAUGCAAGACUUGGUACAAAGUGUAUGGUGAUCUCAAGUUCGGCGCUCUUCCCCUAGUUAUUCUUCAUGGCGGACCUGGCGCGACCCAUGAUUACGUGGAGAACAUAUCACAACUAGCCUAUCUCUAUGGCAUACCUGUCGUGGUGUACGAUCAACUUGGCAACGGUCUCUCUACCCAUCUACCAGAAAAGAUGGGUGAUACAGGAUUCUGGACGGCUACUGCUCGACUGCGAUCGCAGUUACCUCAAGAUGUCCAGGACACGCUUGACAAACACGAAGCAGAAGGAACGACUGCCGACGAAGCUUAUCAGCGAGCUAAGCUCGUCUUCUACGAGCACAUAUUGUGCCGGAAGGUACCAAUGCCGGAACCAGCCAAGACUUCGUUUGCAUGGAUCAAAAAGGACCCAACAGUGUCUAUGACCAUGAGCGGACCGGACGAAUUCAUUAUCGCGGGCUCGCUGAAGACGUGGAGCAUUAUUGACGAGUUGCACAAGAUCAACGCAACGACUUUGCUUAUAAAUGGGCGCUACGAUGAGGCUCAGGACAGUGCUGUUGAACCAUUUUUCCAACACAUCCCCAAGGUCAAGUGGGUACAGUUUGCGGAAUCUUCGCAUUGUCCCAAUUUGGAAGAACCGGAAAGGUUCAUGGAAGUUGUGGGCAAAUUCUUGCUACGGAAUUAUUGA